AGUUUGUUCUCAGCAUAACUCGGAAUCAGUUGGUAAAAUAUUAAAGGAGUUCACUGUUCAAUUAUUUUUUUCUUGUAGAAUACUAUAAGUGGAGUUCUGAGUGAAAAAAAUCGAAGUAAAAAAUGUCCCUGAAACUGCAUUGCAGUGCAAUCUUAGUGAUUGCCUGUCUCAUCUACCAGAGCAAAGGAUUACUGCAGGAUGUUUCCUGUAAUAAAGCUUUAAGCAAUUCAAUCAACUGCAUGUUCACGAAUUUAAAUGACGAUGAAAUAAGUUUCAAAGAUCCCACAGAAAGCUUUGAAUCUGUAAUAUUUAAAAAUUGCAAUCUGACAAAGUUCCCAACAACCUUAUUCUCAACUUUUACUAAACUCACGAAGGUGGAUCUAUCCUUGACCCAAGUGCGCCAACUUAACGGAAAUAAAACACUAAAUGGUGCAAAAAAUCUAAAGAUUCUGGAUUUAUCACGAAACAGCCUUAAAGGAAUUGAAGAUUUUGUGUUCAGUGAAGGAAAAGAGUUGGUGGAGCUGCACUUGUCGAGAAAUAAAAUAAUUUCUGUGGGGCUUAAUGCUUUUGCAGGGCUAAAUAAGCUUGAACUUCUCGACUUGUCGUUUAACGACAUUAAAAUUCUUACGGAAGAAGUAUUUUCAGGAUUAAAAAAUCUCAAAUUCAUCUAUGUGAAUAAUAAUGAUCUAAAAAACUUAACGUUCGACCUUCGCGAUUUUAAAGAUUUAACAGAAUUUGAUAUUAGUCACAAUAAACAUAUUAGUAUGAAGGGAUGGUUAACGGACUUACCUUCGCACAUCAAACCUAAACUGACAGUAAAUUACUCGUACUGUAAUGAAGAUGAAACAUCUUUUAACACCUGGGGCCCUAAUAUAAAAACGUAUAUUCUAAAGCACAAUAAAGUCAUUGACAUGAUAACCGUAAAUAAUGUACGGUGGGAAACCUUGGAUAUAUCUGAGAAUCUUCUGAGAGACAUUACGAACAUUACAAAGAUUCAAACUUUACAAAACCUUGAUCUGUCUGAGAACCCCCUCGCGCCAUUGAACAUCUCCACAUUUAGCCUCUUGGAUGAUCUUCGUACACUCAAUCUGCGCUCAACUGGAAUCUCUCUGGAUCAGGACUAUUUCACAGCUCAAAAGAAAUUAACUUUCUUGGAUAUUUCAGGAAAUGGACUGACCUCUCUCGAUCUUAGAAACCUAAAAUCUCUCUCAAGUCUUCAGACACUUUACUUGCACGAAAACAAUUUGACAGAGUUGGAAGACAUUGAGGAUAUAAAGAUGAUCCUGCCGAAUUUAAUCAUCAUCUCCCUCUUCAAGAACAACUUCAGUUGCGCCUACAAUAUUUUAAUGCACGAAUUGUUUGAAAACUUAAAGAUAGAAAUUUACGAUGGCACCAAAAUCAACGAAACAGACAACAUAACUAAUGUGAGAGUCAACUGCAGUGAAAUGAAUCAAUUAAGACGUAAUAGCUUAGAACAAGCUAUUUUUUUCAAACAAAUCACUAAUUAUUUAGAAAAUUCCUUCCAAAAGCAAUUGGAAAAGAUUUCGAUAUAUCAAUUAAAUUUAGAAAUGAAAAUUGAAUAUCGAUUGCAAAUCAUGGACUUACAGUUCACAAAGUUGAUCGGAGAUCUUAAGUAUAUUAUACAAAUAGAAAGACUUACAACGAAUAAUAUCGUUUCAAAAACUAUAACUGAUUUAUUCGAAUUAUGGGAACAUCAAAAUAAAAUGGAAAAAGAUUUAAAGACCCAAACUAGCUGCAAUGACGAUAAAUACCAAGAAUUGGUGAAAGAGGUGAAAGAUCUUACUGAUCAAGUGUCUUAUCUGAAAAACUCUUCACAUUAUGAGAACAAGAUUGUGGAUUUAAUGUCAGAAAUUAAAUCUAUUAGGAAGAUUAAUGAGGAAGGUAUUCUGGAACUCAUGAAUAAAUUAUCCAAUCAGUUGUUUAAGGUCAAAGACUCGUCAAAGAUGAAUUUCUUCCUAAAGUGUUGCAAACGUCCCGUCAGACAGGGUAGUAAGCCUUUGGAAUUGAACCAAUUAAUCAAUGAGUGGGAGUCAGUCAUAAUAACUUAGUUCUGAUUUGUUGCUCAAACUUCACUUAAUUCUACACAACAACAAUUUAUGAAUGAAACUUUUUUCAAUGCUCU